AUGGAGCAGCACACAUCCCUUCGUGCAAAUCCUUACAUUUUAGCGUGCCGGUACUGGGACUACAUGAAGGAGCAUCCCAGGCGGAAAAAUGAAAAGCUCAACUUAUACUACGAGAGGCUCCUUGCUAAUAAGCCUUCACCGGACCUAGAAGCUACAGAUGAUCGAUCGCGGGCGAUCCGGUAUGCGAAGGAGCACUAUGAAAGCUUCUACGAAGUGCGGGACAUCGAGUGCAUCAUUAAGUGGCUGGACGAAGACGACGCAAAUCCGAAGGCGAAGCCUGUCCUCAUCGCUGGUAGCCCAAUGCAAAGACUUUCUUGA